CCCCCCGCCUCCUUCACGCCCCUCCCCCCUCCUCCCCUCUGGUUGGAAAGUUUCUAGAAUCUCUUCCCAGCGGCCUUUGCGGUUCCAACAUGGCGGAGCUGACGGUGGAGGUUCGCGGCUCCAACGGGGCUUUCUACAAGGGAUUUAUCAAAGAUGUUCAUGAAGACUCCCUCACAGUUGUUUUUGAGAACAAUUGGCAACCAGAACGCCAGGUUCCAUUCAAUGAAGUUAGAUUACCACCACCACCUGAUAUAAAAAAAGAAAUUAGUGAAGGAGAUGAAGUAGAGGUAUAUUCAAGAGCAAAUGAUCAAGAACCAUGUGGAUGGUGGUUGGCUAAAGUUCGAAUGAUGAAAGGAGAAUUUUAUGUCAUUGAAUAUGCUGCUUGUGAUGCCACUUACAAUGAAAUAGUCACAUUUGAACGACUUCGGCCUGUCAAUCAAAAUAAAACUGUCAAAAAAAAUACCUUCUUUAAAUGCACAGUGGAUGUUCCUGAGGAUUUGAGAGAGGCGUGUGCUAAUGAAAAUGCACAUAAAGAUUUUAAGAAAGCCGUAGGAGCAUGCAGAAUUUUUUACCAUCCAGAAACAACACAGCUAAUGAUACUGUCUGCCAGUGAAGCAACUGUGAAGAGAGUAAAUAUUUUGAGUGACAUGCAUUUGCGAAGUAUUCGUACAAAAUUGAUGCUUAUGUCCCGAAAUGAAGAGGCCACUAAACAUUUAGAAUGCACAAAGCAACUUGCAGCAGCUUUUCAUGAGGAAUUUGUUGUGAGAGAAGAUUUGAUGGGCCUGGCGAUAGGAACACAUGGUAGUAACAUACAGCAAGCUAGAAAGGUUCCUGGAGUUACAGCUAUUGAGCUAGAUGAAGAUACUGGAACAUUUAGAAUCUACGGAGAGAGUGCUGAUGCUGUAAAAAAGGCUAGAGGUUUCUUGGAAUUUGUGGAGGAUUUUAUUCAGGUUCCUAGGAAUCUUGUUGGAAAAGUAAUUGGGAAAAAUGGCAAAGUUAUUCAAGAAAUAGUAGACAAAUCUGGUGUGGUUCGGGUGAGAAUUGAAGGAGACAAUGAAAAUAAACUACCUAGAGAAGAUGGAAUGGUUCCAUUUGUAUUUGUUGGCACUAAAGAAAGCAUUGGAAAUGUGCAAGUGCUUUUAGAGUAUCAUAUUGCUUAUCUAAAGGAAGUAGAACAGCUAAGAAUGGAACGACUACAGAUUGAUGAACAACUUCGACAGAUUGGUAUGGGUUUCAGACCUUCUUCCACCAGAGGGCCUGAAAAAGAGAAAGGAUAUGCCACUGAUGAAAGUACCGUCUCUUCUGUACAAGGUUCUAGGUCUUAUAGUGGAAGAGGCAGAGGUCGUCGGGGCCCUAAUUACACCUCCGGUUAUGGUACAAACUCUGAGCUGUCUAACCCAUCUGAAACUGAAUCUGAGCGUAAAGAUGAGCUGAGUGAUUGGUCACUGGCGGGAGAAGAUGACCGAGAGAGUCGGCAUCAGCGUGACAGCAGGAGACGCCCAGGAGGAAGAGGCAGAAGUGUUUCAGGGGGUCGAGGUCGUGGUGGACCACGUGGUGGCAAAUCUUCCAUCAGUUCUGUGCUCAAAGAUCCAGACAGCAAUCCAUACAGCUUACUUGAUAAUACAGAAUCAGAUCAGACUGCAGACACUGAUGCCAGCGAAUCUCAUCACAGUACUAACCGUCGUAGGCGGUCUCGUAGACGAAGGACUGAUGAAGAUGCUGUUCUGAUGGAUGGGAUGACUGAAUCCGAUACAGCUUCAGUUAAUGAAAAUGGGCUAGAUGAUAGUGAAAAAAAACCCCAGCGACGCAAUCGUAGCCGCAGGCGUCGUUUCAGGGGUCAGGCAGAAGAUAGACAGCCAGUCACAGUUGCAGAUUAUAUUUCUAGAGCUGAGUCUCAGAGCAGACAAAGAAACCUCCCAAGGGAAACUUUGGCUAAAAACAAGAAAGAAAUGGCAAAAGAUGUGAUUGAAGAGCAUGGUCCUUCAGAAAAGGCAAUAAAUGGCCCAACUAGUGCUUCUGGCGAUGAAAUUUCUAAGCUACAGCGUACUCCAGGAGAAGAAAAGAUUAAUACCUUAAAAGAAGAAAAUACUCAAGAUGCAGCAGUCCUGAAUGGUGUUUCAUAAACUGAAGAAGUUCCUAGUUUACAGUUCUUUUACAUUACAUUUUACAAUAGUGCUUGUACAAGCUUGCCAAAGAUAGAAUAUGGAUCGCCAGUCUUUCCAUCGCACUUUCAGUUCCUCCAUUUGGAAUUCAGAAAGGGGAGGGAUCCUGAAGAAAUCAUAUGUUAAACAUACUUUGACACCUACUGUGUUAUAUAUCAUCAGAUGUGCCUUGAGAAUAGUAUAUGUAACAUUAAAAAAAGUUGCUGGCUAUA